GUCUGCGGCAUCCGACCUGCGUACAACAGGGAUGGAAAGACAUAUUCUACCUGUGGACUAACGUGUGCUGCUGAGUAUCAGUCUGGAGGUAGCCGUGUUCCGAACGGCCGUGACCCUACACCGGACGUGAUCAACAUCCUUUGUGUGAUCUGCAAUGAUCGCCUAUGCUUCCGCAGGGGGCCUGAUAUCUUUCUCACUUGCGGUAUGGCAUGCCUUAAGAGUCUCUGUUCUGGCGGCGGAGACCGUUUGAAGUGCAGCUACUGCCACCGCAAGCCGAAGCUCACGUCCUCCGACCAUUGUGGGCCGACAUGCCGCAGCCGGUCGCGUGUCGCAUGCCUAAUGUGCCGGUGUCGACCGAAGCUCGGCAAGUACCACUUCUGUGGGCGGGCAUGCAAAAAACUGGCAAUGGAGACAGCCCCGAAGAUCUUAGAAGUGCCUCAGAAUCAUGACACAUGGGAUAUGGUUGCGACAAAGUUCAAAAAGGCCUGGAAACCGACCAUGGGCGAGCCUGUGCCGCAGAUUAAGCAUGUCUACAAGAUUGUGGAGAGCUCAGUUUUUCUCAAGCCUUACGAUACUUACAAGAAGAAAGUCGGUAACGAGCGUUUCUGCUAUCACGGAAUGCCACGGGAUUGUCAGCUAGGUAACACGGGGAGGACGACGUUGUGUAGCUCGCGCAGCUGUCCACUGUGCAAUAUCCUCAAGACAUCAUUCAACACGAACCUCGGUAGUCCGGAAGGAGGCUUCGGAGCGGCGAUAUAUACGUCCUCCGCCGCGAACAAGUUCUACAAUUACAGCCAGCCUGGUGGCGCCAUACUCCUCAACAAGGUCGCCCUCGGUCGCGUCUACAAUGCAUCGAACUUCAGGGAGGUGACGUCCCUUCCUGCGGGCUAUAACUCCGUUGUCUUCGACAGGGAUAAUGGGAGGCUGAACGAGACCAUCGUAUAUCAUAACGAUGCAAUCAGACCGGUAUUCUUGCUUGUGUUCUAA